CACUGAUAUCGUUAUUAGUAUCCAGCGAUUUGUCGAAGUAGCAGAACACUACAAUCGCACGAGUAUCGGGAUACAUUUCUGAUAUUACGAAGGAUUGUCAAUUGUUGCAAAAUUAUGUUUUAAUCAGAACGGACGUCCAGUAUACAAGAUCUCGGAGAUAUAAAAAGCGACAUGGAAUACUUGAAACUAUUAGUUAUUAGCUGCCUGCUCUUCAAUGUCGCGAUGGCAAUACAAUGGAAAAAAACGGCGGCAAAUUGCUCGUCCGAUUAUCGUCUACCGGCAGUGGCAGAUUGUUACCAUUACAUUGUUAGAAUAAUGCCAUCAAAAGUGUUAGAUUAUGAUUAUGAUUCUUUUUAUCAUGGGGACGUUACUUAUUUAAUUAAUAUUCAUCAGAUAACAAAAAAUAUAAGUUUGCACGUUUUGUCGGAAAUGCAAUUAACAGACAUAUCUUUGGUUCAACAAUCUCCCAAUAUCACUUACAUUCCAGUGAAGUUCUUUUAUUGCGAAGAAACGGAGAUUUUAACGAUCAUAUUCGAUAGUGAACUAUCACACGGAGAGUAUAUGUUGAAAUUGAAAUUCACUAAUAUACUAGUUAGUCCUUACAGCAACGGCUUUAGCGUAAUUAAAUACAGAGACAACAUAGGCAUUGAAAAGAAACAUGUGAUGAUGAAUUUUCUCUGGAACGCCCGAACAGUAUUUCCUUGCUGGGACGAGCCUACUUUGAAAGCGACUUUCAAUAUCUCAGUGCAGCAUUUAUCGUCCUAUACUGUUUUGUCGAAUAUGCCGAUAUUUCAGCAAAUGCCCAUGAAUGAUAAUACGGUGCUGACGUACUUUUAUACCACCCCUUUGAUUUCCCCUUAUCUCGUGGGGAUUGUGCUAUUCGAGGAUCUCGUAUCGAUUUCCAAUAACAAUUCACUUAUCAACAUGUGGGGUAGCCCAGAAAGCCUCAAAUCUAGUAUUAAUAGCUCAGAAAAAGUUUGGGAAUUACAAAGCAUGUACGAAAUUGCUGUAAACUGCUUCGAGUACAUUAACAAAAGUGAAUAUUUUACUAUAAUUAAAAAAAUGGAUCAUAUUAUGACACCAUCUCCCACACAUCUGAUGAAGUAUAGCUGGGGACUCUACAGUUACAAAGAAUCAGAUCUCUCGUAUAGUACGAAAAACAAAGUUUUGGAAAAAGAAAUUUAUAUGGAAUAUCAGAUAGCACAUAAGGUAGCACAUCAAGUGUUUCGUACUAUGGUCAGUCCGACUUGGUGGAGUUACGAGCCGCUGAAUGAUGGAAUCGCAACGCUCUUUGGACUAUAUUUCAUCGAUAAUUUUUUCGGGCACACAACGUUUUCGGAUUACUUUAUGAUGGAGAUACAACAUCAACUUUUCUUUGAAGAUGCUGAAUCUCAUAUGAGCCCAGUUAUUCGCGAAGUCAAUACUCCUAAUGAAAUCGAGUCCUUCGUAUCAUCGAGCUCUCGGAAGAAAGCAACUGCUAUAAUGCGUAUGAUGUCCCAUAUCGUUGGUAAGGAAUUUUUCAUGGGAGCUAUCAACCGAUAUUGGCGUUACAACGAAUCUUGGACGGUCAAUCUGGACGAUCUCUGGAAAGCUUUCGAAGGAGUCCCAAUGCCACGACAUGCCAAAUUCGAAGCAUAUUACUUGGACACAGUAAUGACAAACUGGUUAUUUAACAGUGAUUAUCCAGUAGUAUAUGUAGAUACUGCCAGUAACUUUAUAACGAUUACGCAAGAAUGUUUUUGCAAGCAAACGGCAAAUAAAAAUGAUACCGACAAAUUAUGGUGGAUCCCCAUAACUUAUACUCGCAGAUCAUUUCUCAAUUUCACGGUAACUUCGCCUAUACUUUGGCUAAAGCCAGAGGUUCCGUCUAGAGUUAUUUACGAAGUUCUCAAACAUGAUUGGAUAAUACUCAAUGUGCAGCAAACUGGAUACUAUCGCGUUAAUUACGACAGGAACAACUGGCGAAAGCUCGCGGCAUACCUGAAUUCUGACGAAUACAUAAAAAUACACCCUAUUAAUCGCGCUCAGAUUAUCGAUGAUUCCUAUCAUUUAAUGUUGAAGGGCUCUCUCUCUCCUGCGAUAUUUCUUGAUCUUUCAAACUACUUAGAACGAGAGAGAGAUUAUAUACCGUGGUAUCCUAUGAAGAAAAUUUUUUCGGAUAUGUCGACAUUUUUCCAAAACCCCAAAAGUAGAUCCAUCAAACAACAUAUGACAACCAUCCUAUUUGGUGUAUUGAACGAUAUAGGAUAUGAAGAAAAUGAUAAUGAAGCUGAUUUUACAAAACGUUUACGAUUAAUGGUGGUAAAAUUGGCUUGCCAAAUCAAUUUUAUUGACUGCCUCGAUGUGGCUAAUGCUAAGUUGUCAAAAUAUCUCGAUCAACUCCAACUGCGACAAUACCAAAUAUCGCCGUCGUGGAUAGACUGGGUUCUCUGUACGGGUAUGAUGAAAGCGAACAUGACUUAUUGGGAAAAAAUGCUAGAUUUGUUUAUGUACACAAAAAAUAUUCAAUACUUAGAAUAUUUAACUUGUGUUGAAGAUCCCGUAAUCAUCACUCACUACCUAGACAAGCUAAUAGAAAGUCAUAUUCCAUUCUUGGAUGCUCAAAAUUCCAUUCGUAUCAUACAUUCUAUUAUAAGGAAACAUGCAACAAAAGAUAUGGUGUUUUCUUAUACUUUGAUCAAUUUCUCCAAGAUAAGAACCCAUAAAGGUGUAUCGAUAUUAGAAGUCGCCGCUCAAAGUACAUAUAGUUCGGAACUCUUAACUCAGAUGGAGGAUUUCGUAAAGUAUCAUACUCAAAGCAUGAUGCCAAUAAUUUCGUGGUAUAAUGAGGUAAUAUGGUGGUUUGAUGAAAAUUACUCGAAACAACUGAUAUUUGUCAUUAACGAACGAUUGAAUCAAAUUCAACAAGAAAUAAACAUAUAUAGUGAUCUGUUUCCUGAUCUAUUAAAAAUUCCCAGAAAUACAUUAACAUCAAAAAGUUUCGAUUUUUAUCAAGAAGUAGAUAUAAAUACAUAUACUCGGAUGAUGGAAUGAAAGUUUUUAGUUACUAUUGAGUACACAGACAUAACAUAAUAGCUUUGAUUUGUCAUGCAGCUAUGAUCUAGAAGAUUAAGACUUUUAACUCUCUCUCUAUUAAGAUUAAGAUUUAAUUUAAAUUAAAGAUUUGACAAAAAGAGAAUUGAAGUUAGUUAUUUAUUAUCCAGUAAACAAAAAACUUUAAAUCAACAUUUGAAAUGUUGAUUUUAUAUAUGAACUGAACGUUCUCACUUAAUAUUUUAAAAAUAUUACGGGAUAAUGCAAUUUGUUCGCGAUUAUACCGUUAAAAUAUUUUUAAAAUAUUUUAAAAUGCCUGUAAGUUAUUCGUAAUGAUAUUGAUAUAAUAUUAAAAACUAUGUAGUAAAGAAAGUUGAACAUUAUUGAGUAUCAUUACAAUAACAUUCUAUCAAUGUUCUUUUGCUCAUUGGAUAAAGCUAUAACGUUAAUUAUUAAAAUCACAAAAAUGUCAAAUAAAAUUAUAAAAAUUGUUAAAUAUAGUUAUUUAUAUGUAUUUUGUAAUAAAUUAUGUAACAUUGUUUUCAACACACUUA